CGUGUUUCAAAAAUGGACCCCGACAGAAUACAGUUCCACGAGAUGGGUUUGGAUGACCGUAUUUUAAAGGCGGUAGCCGACCUCGGAUGGGCCCAGCCGACCCUCAUUCAGGAAAAAGCCAUUCCACUGGCUCUGGAGGGAAAGGAUCUUUUGUCAAGAGCUCGGACCGGUUCUGGGAAGACUGCUGCCUACGCUGUGCCCCUGAUUCAGCGGAUCCUCACCUGUAAGCAGACGGUGCGAGAGCAGGCGGUGCGAGCUUUAGUCCUGGUACCGACCAAAGAGCUGGGACAGCAGGUACAGACCAUGAUCCGGCAGCUCACGGCUUACUGUGCCAGAGACGUGCGAGUGGCCGACAUCUCCGGCAAAGCCGAGUUAUCAGCUCAGAGGCCGAUUUUGAUGGAGAAGCCAGAUGUGGUAGUGGGGACUCCGUCUCGGGUGCAAGCCCAUAUCAAAGCCCAGAACUUGGCACUGAACGCUCUGGAGAUGCUGAUCAUCGAUGAAGCCGACCUCCUUUUUUCUUUUGGGUUCGAGGCUGAUCUUAAGAACCUCAUUUGUCAACUGCCUAAGAUCUAUCAGGCUUUCUUAAUGUCUGCGACACUCAAUGACGAUGUCCAGGCCUUGAAGCAGCUCGUCCUGCACAAUCCUGUGAUUCUGAAGCUACAAGGCUCCCAGCUCCCAGACAGCUCCCAGCUGCAGCAGUACAGUGUGAAAUGUGAGGAGGAGGACAAGUUCCUCCUCAUCUACACACUUCUCAAACUGGGCCUAGUGCGAGGCAAGACGCUCAUUUUCGUCGACAAGGUGGAUCGGUGUUACAGACUCAAGCUGUUCUUGGAGCAGUUCAGCAUUCCUUCCUGCGUCCUUAACUCCGAACUCCCUGUGCACUCCAGGUGUCACAUUAUUUCACAGUUUAAUCAAGGAUUCUACGAUUACAUCAUAGCCACAGAUGAGGAAGGGCUGGACGACCCGACCCAAAGUGCCGGCAGCAAUGGGAAAAAGAAAAAGAAUACAAAGAGUAAAAAAGGCAUGGAUAAAGAAUAUGGCGUAUCCAGAGGCGUGGACUUCCAGAACAUCGCAAAUGUCAUCAACUUUGAUUUCCCCCCCUCGGUUGACUCCUACAUCCACCGAGUUGGCAGGACCGCACGGGCAGACAACAAAGGCACAUCUCUCACGUUCGUCUCACAUUCAGAGAUCGCGCUGCUGACGGAGGUUGAGAACGCUCUUACAGGAGACAGCGGAAACUGCUCCCUGAAGCCGUAUGGGUUUAAAAUGGAGGAAAUCGAAGGAUUUCGUUACAGGUGUCGGGAUGCCAUGAGGUCUGUGACCAAGCAGGCAGUCAAAGAAGCGCGAUUAAAGGAGAUCAAGCAGGAGCUGCUUAACUCUGAGAAGCUUAAGAUGUACUUCGAUGACAACCCAAGGGAUCUGCAACUGCUCCGUCAUGACAAGGACCUCCAUCCUGCCAUCAUUAAACCACACCUGAGAAAUGUGCCCGAGUACUUGAUUCCUUCUACAAUGAAAAAUCUGGUCAACCCCCUCUUACGGCGGAAGAAGAAGAAAAUGCUAAAGUUCAACCCAAGGGGAGUCAUGACAACUGCCUUUAAGAAGAAUAUUAGAGGGAAGAACCCACUCAAGAGUUUUCGCUACACUGGGAAAACUAGGAAGCAGAAGAACAAGUCCUAAUGGAGACACUGGGAUGGAAACAGCUCCUUAAUUUCCAUCAGGAUGAGCUCGAUGGACGUUCAAAUGCUUGGGAAUAAACAAAGCAGCUUCACAAAAAUGAAAAGAAAAGUUUAAAAGAAUUUAUGGAAGUGUGUAUGUGUGAGAAAUGUGUUCUUUAAGUAUUUUAUAUUGUUUGUUCAGUUCUAAUAUGAACAACAAUCUCCACUGGGUUUUUCUUAACCUAUAUUAGAUCAAUUGUUUAGGACACAUGGUCACAGCAUCAAGCCAGACAAAAGCUCAUCUUUUGUGAUCUUUGGCGCCCCCCCCCCGAGGCAGGCAUUGGACCACGUCUCUAGAACAAUACUGUUUGUAUCUAGUCGAACACAGUUUAUAAAUUCACCAACAAUUAAACACAACCACUGAACCGGGAACAGCUUACCUAUAUAUUGAGCAGAAUUUGUGCUGGACACUGGCCCCCCAGGACUGAACCUGAACAGCCAUGAUCGAGAUUUGCCGUUAUUCCAGCAACACACACAAAAAGGGAAAUGUGUUCCAAAAAAAUAAAUGAAAGUCCUUAGGACAUGCUGGAGAAGACUUGUGGUUUGAUUUGACGUUGCAUAAGGAUGUUGAAACAUGCCACAGCGAGCAUGUGCCGUAAUCCAAACUAAAGCUGGUCCAACAUGAAUAUGGGUGAGACUUUUUCAGUGCAUUCUGUAAGUGUUGAAUUAAGUUGUAACAUUUAAAAAGUGUCUUUAAUGCAAAUUAAGUGAACUAAUUUACUGCCUACGUGAGCAAAAAAAAAUUUUGUGAACAAUCUUAAACUCUUUGCCUGCUGAGCUCCUUUGGUCCUGGUAUGGGUAACCCUUGGGUGCAGAUGAUCCUGACACCAGUUUACCUGGUGGUUGUGGUAUUAUUAUGGCUGAUUGUUGACGUUUAUUACCAUCUUAAUUCCAGUUUUAAAUAAAUAAAUUUACAUUACAAAAAUCUCA